GAGGUGAAGGAAGUGUUGUAUUGUUAUGUCGAUUUUUGUUUAAUUUAUUAACGUACAUUAUUAUCUUUUUAAAUUUUACGUACGUAAUGGCUGAAGCUUCUGAAAAUGAUCCUAUUCCCUCAUCAAGUGAAAACACAGUCGUUUGUGAUGAAAAAGAUGAGGAAGAACCCAUGGCUAAGAAACGCAAAGUAGACAAAGAGGUCAACGAGAAGCUGGAGCACAGGCUCGGGGGCAUCCUGUGCUGCGCAGUUUGUCUCGACCUGCCGCAGGCGGCUGUCUACCAGUGUAGCAAUGGUCACCUUAUGUGUGCAACUUGCUUCACGCAUUUGCUGGCUGACGCACGUCUGCGUGAUGAGGCGGCCACGUGCCCCAACUGUCGAGUUGAGAUCUCCAAAACAACUGCCUCUAGAAACCUGGCUGUUGAGAAAACAGUUUCUGAAUUGCCAGCAGAGUGCAAACACUGCACACAAGUGUUCCCCCGGCACUCUCUUCAGCAUCAUGAACAAAAAACUUGUGAGAACAGAAUAACCGGUUGCCGGUUCGAGUGCAUCGGCUGCCCGUGGCGCGGGCCGGCGCACGAGGCGGGCGCGCACGAGGCGGCGUGCGCGCACCCGCACAAGUCGGCGGCGGCCGUCGUGGCCACGCUGGCCGAGCGCGAGCGGCGCGCGCGCGACGCCAACGCCCUCUACGACCAGGUGCUCGACCUGCUCUCCUACGAGAAGAUCUCCUUCACCGAUCUGCAGCUGAAGCCGUACCGCACGGAGGAGUACGUGCACAAGUUGUACUACGAGACGUCGCGGUUCUCGGCGUUCGGCCACCAGUGGGUGGUGAAGGCGUUCAUCAACAAGAACCAGCGCGACCCCACGCAGAGCUCGCAGCGGGAAAUCACUUAUCAGCUGAUCCUGAAGAGCAAGACGUCGUCGCCGGUGGUGGUGCAGUGGGCGUGGCUGCGCGGGCCGUUCGGCGAGGCGGCGCUGCGGCCGCGGCUGCAGCAGCACGCGUUCGCCGACGCGGCCGCCGACGCGCCGCCGCAGCCGCUGCCGCUGGCCGACCCCGCCGACGCCAACCGGCUGCUCUCCAACAAGGCCAUACACUUCAGGUGCGACACGGCGCUCCGCCACAUUCCGCCACGUUCCACGCCGAAGGGGAGGAUUAUCUAAUUCGCUUCUCGUUCCAGAUUGUUCCUCGCCUCGAAGUGAAUCGCCCCGGGCGGCG